CGAGCUCUUCUGUUCUCCGUCUUCACUCUUCGGUCGUUUGGCGGUGCAUCGAUAAUACUCCACUCGUCUUCUUUUUUCAUAUUCUUAUUCAGCUCGGGACUUUAUCACGAGGGUUUAAUGUCACGUCGCGACAGAAGCUUAUCAAAAUGGAGCUAUCAAACAAACUCCGUUGGGACCAGUUCCUGAUUUUGGCAGCGGCACUAAUGUCACCUGCGUUAACGGUGCUGUGUAAUGACAUUCUCAGCCUGAAGGUGGCAGGAGAUCCAGUGCUAACCCCUAACUCAGUGUGUCUGAGGCUGGCAGGCCUCAGUAAGCGUCAGAUGCGGAUGUGUGUACGGAGCCCAGAUGUGACGGCCUCAGCUCUACAGGGCAUCCAGGUAGCCAUCCAUGAAUGCCAGCACCAGUUGAGGGACCAGCGCUGGAACUGCUCCUCGUUGGAGGGCCUGGGCAAACUGCCUCAACACAACACCAUCCUGAACAGGGGUUACCGCGAGAGUGCCUUCUCCCUGGCCUUAUUGGCAGCGGGUGUGGCUCACUCUGUGGCCACGGCCUGCAGCAUGGGCAAGCUGCGGGGGUGUGGCUGUGAGGCCAAGCGUCGCCAGGACGAUGACAAGAUCCGCCUGAAACUCACACAGCUGCAGCUGCAGACCCUGCAGAAGGGCGGGGUAGGCAUGGGCAUGACACGGUCAUUACCCUUGGAGUUAAACGGUCACCAUGGUGACCUUCCCGCUAACCUGCGCUCCACCCACCCCUCUGACCUGCUUAAGCCUCUACCAGAUGAACUGAGCUCCAUGCAGGAGACCUGGGAGUGGGGGGGCUGCAGUCAUGAUGUGCGUUUUGGGGAACGCUUCUCCAGAGACUGGCUGGACUCCAGCGGGUCUCCAAGAGACAUCCACGCUCGCAUGAGGAUACAUAACAACCGCGUGGGACGACAGACAGUGACUGACAACAUGAAGAGGAAGUGCAAAUGUCACGGCACAUCAGGGAGCUGUCAGUUUAAGACCUGCUGGCAUGUGUCUCCAGAGUUCCGCCUUGUGGGUUCCCUACUCAAGGAAAAGUUCCUGUCAGCCAUUUUUGUCAACUCCCAAAACAAGAACAAUGGGGUUUUCAACCCUCGAACUGGAAAUGGCGCCAGCAGGAGCACAGGGGGUCUCAGCGGAGGUCGCCGCCGCAGCAUGUCCAGAGAGCUGGUGUACUUUGAGAAGUCUCCCGAUUUCUGUGAGCGCAAUGCCGCUGUGGACUCUCCGGGGACACACGGACGCAUCUGCAACAAAACCAGCUACAGCACAGACAGCUGCGGCUCACUGUGCUGCGGCCGGGGACACAACAUCCUGAAACAGACACGCAGUGAGCGCUGCAAUUGCAGGUUCCACUGGUGUUGCUACGUGCUGUGCGAGGAGUGCCGUCUCACAGAGUGGGUCAAUGUGUGCAAGUAGAUCUGAGAUCUCCUGCUCCCAGCAGACUUUACACAUCCAGGACUCAAGAUGGCGAGCCUGUCCCUUGGCUCACUCCAGUUGUUUGAGUGUUUGCUUUGCUCUUUGUGUAACUCUCCCAGAGAAUCUGUGAUCACCACCCCCCCCUUCUUUUUUUGGUCCAUCAUCUGGGAUCUAUUUUCUCUUUGUAGCCGCUGUUAUUCUCAAAAUGCCAAGUCAGAGAUUGAAGAGGUGAUUCAUGUCAUUUGUCUUGCCGUGGCCUGUUUAGACGCUGCCCUCUCAGCCAUGAAAACGGCCUCUACGUCACACAAAAGAAGACGAGCACCAGCAAAACAGCAUUUCUAUUUCAGUGUCUGCAUCUUUACUCAUCUGGUUGUACAAUAGCUAUGCAUUUGAAUGUGUACAUGUAUAUUUGUAAAUGUGUUGUUAUUAUUAUUAAUAUUAUUAUUGUGUUGUGUGGCUCAGGAUGGUGAACCAGUGCUGUACAAAGGGGUUCAUCGCAGCAUGUUUCACAUAUACAGUGUUUUGCACUUGUUACUCAGACAGAGCAAUAGUAGUUAUCUCACAAUCUUUCUAGAUAAAUUGAAGACGGCAGAAUCAGGUUGUUUUUGUUGUGGUUUUUGAAGCUCUGAUACAUUGCAUAGGAAGCUUUCUCACAGGAGCAACGAGGCAGAACCCACAUGCAUGACUUUUAUAGGCUUAUCAAAGCUUGUAUACUUGUAAAACUCAAGAUGAGAAAGUUGAUACCACAUCGGCUCUGGAAACAAAUUCUGUCUUCUAAUCCCUUAUGCUGAAUAACUAAUCAUUUAAACCUAUUUAUACCACUGUAACAAUAGUAAUCCCUUCAUGAGAGUGAUCGCCUUUGGUCAUGUUUUUUUUUAUGAAGUAAUGUCAGUAUUAUGACAAAAAUAUGCUUCCUCUUCGUAUAACUGUGAUGUGAUGUGUGUCACCCUGCUAUGAAAUCAUCACAGAUGAUGGGAUCGUGCUUUUGUCCAUUUCAUCUCCUUAGAUUCUUCCCACAUGUACUACAUGCCAAAGUGAGAGAUGGACUUGCUUUAGCUUUGAACCAGCGCUGAAGGGUGUGUGUCUGUUUGAGUGUGUCUCUGUUGCUGUGUAAACGGGGGGUAACCUCCACGCACUGCAGAUUUGGGAGGUGAGAGCCUUUUUUAUGGCCGUUUCAUGCUGAGAGAAUGACUUUUUAUGGCUGCAGGAUAUUGUUUCCUUAAAGUAUGACUUUUAUUACUGGAGAGAAGCAUCACAAGAGCAGAGAGUGGGGGUGAUAAUACCAGUCUUUGCUGCGUGAGCAUCAGAGGGGAUCAUCUGUCCAGAGUUCAUAACCAAGGAAGGGACUCGUUGAACCACGUGUUGCUGGGACGCCAUGUCCUUGUUACCCGGGAGACAGACAACACAAACAAUAAACACAUGCACAAUUUUAUUUACAAAGAUACAUGUUUAAAUACUGGCACUAAUACGCUGGUGUGCGCACAUGAACUGUCAGAACUCCUGGUGACCCAAGAGAUUUACGCUCUCAUUCUUGUCACACAGCAGUUUUAGCAAAGCGCUAAUGUCAGCACCUGGCUGGAUUUAUGAUCGCAGCAUUCCUAGAUAUCUUAGAUGAUCCAAACUGUCUGCGUGCGCGGUCUACUGGGAAACGUCUUCUGCUAUAUAGGAUUUAAUACCAAUUAAGUUUUGUUUGUAUGGACUUUGGUAAAUAUCCCUUGACUCCUGAGGAAUGGCAGUGCCAGUGGCUGAAUCAACUGUUCUGUCUGUUUGGCAUUUAGUAAGGGGAAUAAAAAAGGAGAUGGUGACUCGUGGGGAAUGAUAAAGGACUAGAUUUCUGGUUUGCAUUUCUUUAUUCCUUUAUCAUUUCGCCCUGGAGCUGCUGCAAAAGAGAAUUUCCUGUCACUGUGUGACAUAUGUGAGACAGAGGCUGGUGGACAGGCUGGGAUAGCUUUCUCUGCACUCUUUUUCUCAUUCUCCCCCUCAUCGCGGUGCAGACAUAGACACAUGCAUAGCAACACAUUGACUGCCCUUCGAGUAAUGGCAACCAGACUGGGCCGAAAAUUAAAGAGAGGCAGGCAGAGAGAGGAAGUUAGGAGAGAUAAAAGUUACCCACUGUGAUUGACAGCAUGAUUAUAUGUAUAAAGUACUGCGAUUUAGUGUGUUUAGUUGGAUAUAAAGAUAGAUAGAUCCUCGCUGGUACAUACAGCGGGGAUGCAGACGCAAUGGACAACUGGUGUAUGGAGGAGGGGGUGAAUAAAGUGUACUCUGUAUAAAUACAUGCCUCAAAACAUCUGCGUCUCAACUCCCCUUUCAUUUUUGAUGUGGGACAGGCAGAGAAGGAGAGCGGGAGAGAAAACACAAGGAGCCAGCUACCCAGAACAUCAAAGCCCCUGCCCUCAACGUGCAGGCCCUCAUUAGUUCAGCUAGCAGAACCAACGAGACUUGUGAUUGUGUUUGCUGGGGUGCACGUUGGCAGACACUUCAGAGAAAAGGCUCCUUAAAGUCAUAACUCCCCACCCCACCUCUCCUGCCACCACCCGAGCCUGCUGUAACCCUCUCAAAACUCCCUGUGCACACAAGCUCGACAGGCUCCCCCACCAUCCACUCCACCCCGUAAUCUGGUCUACAGCUGCAAACAUCUGCUCCCUUCCUUAUCCCUCUGCCUUCACCCCUGAUUUGAUCAAAAAAAACUAGACCACUGACUAUGACAAAUGUUGGAUCUACCUGUGUCACUUACAUUUGGAGCUGAUCACAGGUUUUCGAUUUGAGAUGGGUAAAAGGGAAAGUGAAAACGCUUCCUAAUUGAUUUUCUUAUGGCAACCUGUAAAAUGAAAUGAAUUUAAAUGUCACUCAUUGAAAAUCAGUUUAAUAACAUGAACCCUGCUGGAGUAUUGAUGUCGCCUGUGUUUUGUUGCCUCCUGUCACCUCGUCGUGACACACUAAAGGUCUGGUGCCAUGCAGGAAGUAUCACUUGGCAUCUUAUUACAGCCAGCCUCUUACUUAUUCAUUUAGAUAAUUCCUGUAUUAAUUAUUCAAGCAGGUUUGCCUGAAGACUCCCGCUUACAUGUUGUACUGGUUUAGCUGCUGGGACUCUGUAACAGUAAAAAAAUGCACCAUAUUUGCUGGCUGUUGAUUGUAUAACUGUAUAUCGGCGUCACAAAAAAGCAGCAUUUUUUUUACCUGUUUUUUUAAAUUAAAGAACAUAAAAUUGACAGAAACUUA